CGAAAAACCUCGAAUCAACUAUGUCUAGCUACCUAGUCGUUUCAACUAUUUCUUUUGACUUGCUGAUGGCAAGUUGGCAAUGGCAAAGCCCCCGAACGGGGUGGUCCUUUAUAUGAGCUCUUGUUCUCAGUUCCUUAAUCACUAAAAAGAUCGACUUGUCAUAGUUUGCCUAAACACCUGAACCAAUGGGUUUCUGCCAUAUUAUUAUGUUGGCUUUCACGUCUUUCACCCUGACAUUUAGUGCUUCAGCUUCAAACUGGACCAUCAUCAAAACUCUACCAGGUUAUUCUGGUGAUCUUCUUUUCGCUUUAGAAUCUGGAUAUAUUGGUGUAGGAGACGAUGAAGAAGUGCAGCUGUUUUACUAUUUUAUCGAGUCUCAGAGGAACCCUGCACAAGAUCCUCUGCUGUAUUGGAUCACUGGAGGCCCUGGUUGCUCUAGUCUUGCUGGAUUUUUCUUUGAGAGUGGUCCAUUGGUUUUCAACUACAAAGAUUACAAUGGAAGCCUACCAACACUUCAGGACAAUCCUUAUGCAUGGACACAGGGACUCAACAUCAUAUACUUGGAUGCACCAGUUGGUGCCGGAUACUCCUACUCAGAAACCCAAAGUGGUUAUGUUAUGGAUGACUAUAAAUUUGUGGCUCAAAUUUAUGAAUUUCUGCAAAAGUGGCUAGAGGCACACCCGACAUAUUUGGAAAAUCUACUCUAUAUUGGUGGUGACUCUUAUUCUGGCAUACCUAUUCCCAUGCUUGCAGAACAAAUAAUUGAUGGUAAUGAAAAUGGAAGUGUGCCUAUGAUGAAUCUCAAAGGGUAUGUGCUUGGGAACCCAGUAACUGAUUCUGUCAUUGAUAUGAAUGCAAGAGUUACUUAUGCUCACAGGUUGUCUCUCGUGUCGGAUCAACUGUAUAAGGCUGCUAAAACAAGUUGCAAUGGAGAUUAUGUAAAUGUAGAUUCAAGCAAUGAUGCAUGCAUAGCAGAUAUUGAUGCCAUUUCUGAGCUCACCAAUGACAUAAAUUUGGUACACAUCUUGGAACCAUAUUGUAGUAAUGCAUUGCCUACAGCAAAGGAGAUGUGUCAAGCUCGUAGAUACCUCAAAGACUUGUCCAAAGGUUUACUAAGUUCACCACCUAACGGUCCUGCACUUUGGUGUCGAAGUUAUAAUCACAUGCUCGCCUCGGUUUGGGCAAACAACAAAGGUGUCCAAGAUGCUCUUGGUGUCCGAAGGGGCACCAAACAGUUUUGGCAGUACUGUAAUACCACAUUGGCUUACACUAAAGUUGCCACAAGUGUAGUGAGUUAUCAUCAAAUUCUCUCAAAGAGGGCUGACCUUCGUGCUCUGAUAUACAGUGGUGACCAUGACAUGUCAAUUCCUCAUAUUGGUACACAAGAAUGGAUAAAGACUCUGAAUUUGACUGUGGACGAGUCCUGGAGGACAUGGUCAAUUGAUGGCCAAACUGCAGGAUACACAAAGAAGUUAAUCAAUGAGGUUUUCAGUUUGACGUUCGUCACUAUAAAGGGUGCAGGCCACUUUGCGGCAGAGUAUAAAAUCAAGGAAUGUGCUGCCAUGAUUGAUCGAUGGAUGGGUUACUUCCCUCUCUAAGUACAUAUUGUGUUUUGCUAGAAAUGUACGUUGAGCUGAUUCAAACGUUCUUAUUUAAGCUUGAUGUACUAAUAAAUGAGACCUAGAUAGUUGAUGCAUGCCUCUGCUGCAAAAGUUUAGGUUUCACCAGUCUUUUUGCUUUUCUUUGUUCUAUUGGAGGGAGUCCCUUCCAUGUUGAUUUUUUUUCUUCUGUAUGGGGUAAGGAUUUGUGUCCUUCGCUUGACUAAAUGUAUUAUUAUUAUUAUUUUGGAAUGCAUUUUCCUCUUGCUGUUACAGU